AUGGCGAAAUAUACCAAAGAGCCGAGAAACGUCAGUUCGCCUCCAGGACGCUGGGUGUGGAGUGAUGAAAGUCAGAGAUCUUUUUUUUUUUUUUUGUAAAUUAGCGCUAGUCCAACAGAGGAGGGUGUUUUGAGAAAAAGGCAAACCAGUGUUAAUUAAAACAAACUUCAACAGCACUCAAAGUGGUUGGCUGAGAUUUGCACAUUGAACAGUAGAGGGUGCCAAAGCAUUGGAAAGACUCUGAGCCCUGCUCAUCCGAGCUGGAGGUCAUCAAACACCAGAGAAUGGCUGCUGCAUGCCUGCUUGUACAAAUUCUUCUGUUACGUGGCAUGGGUGACGUUUAGUAGGAAGGGCCUGAGGGACAUCCAAGAGGAGGUGGUGUGCCUUUUAUACUCUGACACCUUCAACACGGCAGUGAGGAACAGCACUGAUGGGAACUCAGGCAUGACCUUUACCACUGUUGAUGGUUCAGUGAAGUCUGGAGAAGCUGGCCCCAAGCAGACAGGACAUAAUAACACAUUCAGACACAGAACAUCCCAAAGGCGUCCGUCCCUCAACGGUAUCAUUUAUCAACAAUCCCUCCUGAUGGUGUCUCUGCUGCCCUCGCCCAAAGAACGGUCAGCCCAUCUGUUCCUCAGCAGCCGCAGGAGGCAGAGCCUGCUGCAGGCCGAGCACUGUGACACCAAGGCCCUGACGGAGAAGCUCAACCAGCAGCUGGCCAGUGUCAGCUUUGGGAUUCUUGUUAAGACACUGAGACAGUCCAACCGUAGCACCCUGAUACCCUAUGGAGAACUGAAAAACAGCCGAGAUGAGGAUGACCACCAUGAAUGAGGGAGUGAUGUUAAUAACAGCAGUAAGAAUAAUCUUGGAAUCGACAUUCGAGGUAGCAGGUCAUCCUACAUGGGACCCAAGUGGACAGGCCUUGCCAGAUAUGGCAGCACCACCCACACAAACACUAGAAAGUCUGCAGCUACUGUGGAUUCAGUGACCCCAGAUACUGAAUGAUGUGUACGUGUGAAAGUGUCAGAAUGUUUUGAGUGUGUAGUUUCAUUGGCAUAACACAAACACAAACUCUUCCAAAUUCCUCAGCACAGCUCACAGGGUCAAAGCCAGAGAGAGGC